AUGGCUUAUAAUGAAAGCAUUAGUAAACUAUUUUUAGGUAAUGGGGGUAAAGUAUCAUUGAUUUCGCAGAGUGGAGUGCACCAGUUGCAUAUAUUUAUAUUCGUCCUUGCCGUCUUUCAUGUUUUAUACAGUGUCAUCACCAUUGUACUGGCUAGGGCUAAGGUGAAGAAAUGGAAAUCCUGGGAAUCAGAGACAUCAUCCUUGGAAUAUCAAUUCACAAAUGAUCCAGAAAGAUUCAGGUUCACUCACCAAACUUCCUUUGUGAGGCGUCACUCUGGUUUAUCCAGAACGCCCGGAAUUAGAUGGAUUAUAGCAUUCUUCAGGCAAUUCUUUGGUUCAGUAUCAAAGGUGGACUAUUUGACAAUGCGCAAUGGCUUUAUCAAUGCACAUUUUGCUCCAAAUAGUUCAUUUGACUUCCAUAAAUACAUCAAAAGAUCCAUGGAAGACGAUUUUAAGGUGGUCGUGGGUAUUAGUAUCCCUCUAUGGAUUUUCGCUGUAAUCUUUUUGCUUAUAAACGUGUACAAAUGGUACACGCUUGACUGGCUGACAUUAGUUCCAUUCGCGAUACUUCUCCUAGUGGGUACAAAGCUUGAACUUGUAAUCAUGGAAAUGGCUCAAGAAAUCCAGGAUCGAUCUACUGUUGUAAGAGGAGUUCCAGUCGUUGAACCAAACAAUAAAUAUUUCUGGUUUAAUCGACCCGAAUGGAUUCUCCUAUUAAUACACUACACUUUGUUCCAGAAUGCGUUUCAAAUGGCAUUUUUCUUGUGGACAUGGUACGAAUUCGGACUGAAUUCAUGCUUUCACGAGAAUUUGCGAGCCAUUGUGGCAAGGGUCAUUCUGGGCGUGGCCCUUCAGUUCUUAUGCAGCUACAUCACCUUCCCUCUCUAUGCCUUGGUAACACACAUGGGUUCUCACAUGAAGAAAGCAAUCUUCGAGGAGCAAACAGCCAAGGCAAUUAAAAAAUGGCAUCAGGUUGCAAAGGAGAGAAACAAGAUAAGGAAAGCAGGAAGAAAUAAUAAUGGUGGUUCUGAUCCAGGAUUCUUGAGCGGUGAAAACACACCAAGCAUUGGCUCAUCACCGAUACAUUUGCUUCACAACUAUAAGAACCGAUCUAGUCAACCGGAUGUCGACAUUGAAAGUGUUGUAACUACACCCAUGUCUUACCCUUCCGAUACUGAGCUCUCAGAAAUUGAAGGCUCCUCUCAUAACAACAGGCAUAUUGUUGAAGAAGAAGAACAACAACAAGAAGAUCAUCGUCUAAAAAGAAACGAUGGAGAACUUCAUAACAGAGAUUUCUCAUUCGUUAGACUUUAAACGAGGAAUAAGAGUGUCGUUUUUGUAUAGG